ACUUGGGCGACUCUCAUUCCUGCUGUGAACGCGUUCUUGUAGAAAACUACAUAGUUCGAGUCCGUUAAAAGAAAUUUUAACGUUAAAGAACUUUACAGGUGUGGUGGGUGUGGUUUUUUAAACUUUCUUUUCAUCUUAACCGGUUAAGAUAACCCCGAGAAAACAGCUUCCGAUUUAUUGGGACAGGAUGUUCCAUCUAAUCCUAAUUUUAAUCAUCGCUCCAUCAUGGGCUCAAUAUGAUCCUUACGGUCAAAAACCUUACGGUGAUAACACCGAUCGUACCCCAUAUAGUACGAGUCAAUACGAUAGGGAUCGGCAACAACAAUACGAUCGUGAUCGGCAACAACCCUACGACAACCGGGAUCGGCAAUAUGAUCGUGAUAGAGACAGGUAUAAUCCAUUAACUGAUCGGGAAAAAUAUACACCGUUAAACUAUGAUCGAAACAGGACGGAUCAAUACGGGCAACCACAACAACCGUAUGAUCGCGACAGAUACAACUACAGCCCUUACGAUCGAAAUAGAACUGAUAAUUAUGACCGAAACAGGCCGGAUUAUGACCGAAACCGACAGGAUUAUGACAGAUAUAACCAAGAUAGAAGAUACGGACAAAGCGGAGGGAGAUAUGAUGAUUAUGGGAGGAACAGGGGUGGAUAUGCACCGCAAGGGGAACGAAUCGAUGAUGGAGAUUGCUGCGAAGAUUAUUGUUAUUCAACGGAUCACCAACAAUAUUUGAAAUUUGGACCAAAAACUGCUUAUACGUUCGCUUAUGGAAAAAAUUUGGGAUCAUCCACAGUUCCACAAUGUAGACCGGUUCAAUUUUGGAGUUUGAAUAAAGUGGGUGCAAAUUUUCCCGAUCCAACCGUAAUUCAACGUUUAAUGAAUUUGCGUCGAGUUCAAGAUGAAAUAAUGCGUAACUACGAAGUCGAAGGAACUUACCCGGGUAAAGGGCGACUUUGUCGCGAAGAUUUCGAAUUGUUGAAACGUUGGAGAUGGAACGAUACCAUUAAUUUUUCAUCAGCGUUUAUGUUAUCUCAACAAGGAAUGGAAGACAUGCGUUAUUUGGUGUCGAGAUAUCAAACUAAAUUUCGGGAACUUCUAGGAGUACCAUACUCAGAAAAUCAUUAUUAUUUCCAAUAUUCUAGAAUGGAUCGUAUUUACGACAGUUAUAAAGAGUUUACUGAGGGGUUAUUUCAAAAUUCCGCUUUGGUGCAUGCCAACGUUCGAGAUGAAUUAGGAGAUGGAUGUGGAUCUUUUGGAUAUAAUAGCCAAUAUUCAACCCAAUAUUCUGGGGGUCAAUAUCAAAGUGCGGGAUAUUCAGGGUCUGGACAAUAUUCUGGGUCAUCCGGACAAUAUUCUGGGUCAUCCGGACAAUAUUCUGGGUCACCUGGACAAUAUUCUGGGUCACCCGGACAAUAUUCUAGUUCUUCUGGACAAUAUUCUGGUUCUCCAGGGCAAUAUCAAGGUUCACAAUAUUCCAGUGGAAAUCAAUAUCCAAACCAAUACUCGUCAGGAAAUCAAUAUCCUUCAUCAGGUUAUCAAGGUAAUCAAUAUUCAAGUUCAAGAUCGUUUGGAGAUGACCCGGAAAUAAUGCAAUUAAAACAAAAACCCGAUUACAAAGAUUUAACAAGAAACAUCUUUCGAAGAUUAGGUUACAGAUAUGUUUUAAAUGACUCAGUAAUCGAUGAUAUGUACGAAAUGUGUCGUUUAGAAAAGGCGUUUUUCCCAAGAAGGGAGUCGGCGUGGUGUUCGGUGUUUAACAAGAAGCAGUUGGAUUUAUUGGAAUACGCAGAAGAUUUACGCGAUUUCUUACGGAAUGGAUAUGGAAAUGAGCAACAAAAUAAAAUGGCUGGAUGUCAAUAUUUAAGAGAUAUGUACGUACGGUUCCAAAAAACCAUCGAUGGUUAUAGUAGUCAUCAAAAAGUUGCCGUUACCUUUGCAACGGCUGAUUCAAUCCAACACAUGUUGGUUGCGAUGGGUUUAUACAGGGAUUAUACACCGUUAAGUGCUCAAAAUUAUUACACCCAAUCAAGGAGACGUUGGAAAACUUCCGAGAUUGCUCCAUUUGCUGCUAAUUUUGUAGCCGUUUUAUACGAGUGUGAUCCUUCGCAAAGAGAUAUGUACAAAGUCAUGUUUUACCUGAACGAGAAUCCUGUUGAUAUUCCCGAGUGCUCGGUGGGGUUAUGUUCUUGGGAAACCAUCCGAAGCAAAUAUCAAGAUGUCAUCGAACAAUGCCGACAUUGUAGCGGCUCAGAAAGAUCUCAUGUUCUUUUAGGACUUUUAAGCGUUGUCGUAGCUUUCUUCACUUAUCAAAUCGUUUAAGAUUAACAUUCGUAGAUUUUGUAUCCGUCCAUUUCUUUUAUAUCGAAACGAAAUCCGUCCUACAACGAGUUCACAACUUUUACAAGCAAUCACUUUUAAUUAAUUAAGAUUUUAUUGAUCUAAAAAGAAUUUUUAUUAGCGUUAAGAAUGCAAAGUUUGUUUUUUUGUACAAAAAAUAAGUUUUUAAUGUACUAUUUUUAUAAUAAUAUAUAAGAAAAAUUGAAUCUAGAUUUUGUAGCAAUGAAAUAUUUAAGUGUUGUAAUUUUAAAGUGUUCAUAUUGUCUAAUACUUACUCUUUUAUAAAAUAAUAAAAUUAAUAAACGAUUUUUAUGUUUUACAA